AUGCCUGUACCACCUCCAGCUCCAGGGUGUCAGCCGGAGACUUGCACUGUUUCCUUGACUAGAGAAUUUAAGAAAAUGAAGCCACCAAUGUUUCAUGGUGCAAUUGAACCACUGAAGGCCAAAGCUUGGGUUUUGGGAAUUGAAAAAUUGUUUAAGGUGUUUCCAUGUACCGGAGCCCAGAAGGUGCAACUAGCUACAUUCAUAUUGGAAGAUGAUGUAAGGCGUUGGUGGAUAUUGGUUCGAGACGAUAAUAUGGAUGUUACUUGGACCCGUUUUCCAGAAAUCUUUUAUGAGAAAUACUUUCCACAAUGUGUGCGGGAUAGAAAAGUAGUUGAAUUUAUGGAACUAAAGCAGGGAAACAAAUCAAUUGCUGAGUAUGAAGCUCAUUUCAUAGAAUUAGCCCGUUUUCCACCCUACAUGGUGGAUACAGACUACAAGAAGGCUAGACAAUUUGAGGGAGGUUUGUGUGACCUAAUUUUAGAUAAAAUCAAUGUGCUCAAAUUGCUGACAUAUGUGGAUGUACUUGAUAGGGCACUAAUAACAGAAAGAAAUGUAGCCAACCGUAAAUAG